GCAGAGGGCUCCCGGCCCCCACCUGCCCGAGAGGGGCUGAGGCGGGUGGAGAACGCAAAGCCACUUCCCCGUCCCAGCCCCGCUUCGCACCCGGGAAAUCCCCAGACAGCUCCGAUACCGGGGGCAUAAAAGCAAUGGGGACAGCGGGGCAACUCAGCCAGUGCCCGGAGUGACCAGCCGACAGCCCCAGCCAUGAGCUCACGCCUCCUCCUUCCGCUGCUCAUAGCCGCCAUCGCCGCGCUCUGUUGGGGUGCGCCGCCGGCCGGAGAGCUACGUUGCCGCUGCGUGCGGGCCACAGCCGAACGCAUCCCGCCGCGGCACUUGGCCCAGGUGGAGCUCGUUCCUGAGGGGCCGCACUGCGCCGUACCAGAAGUCAUAGCCACGACGAAGCAGGGUCACACGCUGUGCCUCAGCCCCUCGAUGCCGUGGGUGAAGCUGCUCGUCUCCAGGUUCCUCGGCAGCGCUGCGCUGCGGAGCUGAGCGCGGCGGGACGCGGCCGGCACUUGUGAGGCAUCCUAACGGAACACCUUUGUGCUCGGGGGUUGCAGCGUGCGGGUCUGACUGCUGCAACAUGGAAGCACUGCCUGCAGUUUGCACAUCGAAAAGCACCGUUCUCAAGAUUUGUCCGUUUUCUGCCUUGAAAGCCUUGCUUUCGGAGCAUAGUGCAGGUGAAGAGUCAUGGAGACUAUCCUGAAUUCUUUCAGUGGAAAAGCUUUGCCUGGACUCCAGCAUCAGCAAACCACUGACGGGGCUCUUCAGACAUGUUAUGUGUUGUUUUGUAUGGCAUAAUGUCAUAACUUAUAUAAAGUUAUAUACGUAGUGACCAUUGCUCUGAUGAGUGUUUUAUCAUAGUCCAGAUUCCCUUUUGGAACUGUAUGUAUGCAGAUCCCCUGCUCUUCAUAUUCCUGUCCAGCAGAAAACUUCACAGGAGGAAUCCAAUCCGCUUCUAAAUACCAGUAAUUAACUGUCAUCAAGGUGGGACCACCACAUGAUUUCUAUACAUCUGCUAAUGGCAAUCUUACAGAAGUCAAAUAAUGUCUUGUAGUUAUUUAUGUGCACUUUCUGUGUAGAAACAUCAGCACACAACAGAAAAAAUGUAAAAAGUGCCUGUAAAUUAAAUGGUUUUUUCUAUGUGUUGAUUGCUACAUAUGUUUGCUAUUUUUUUCCUUUGUUAUAGUGUUUUGCUUCUCAAAAAAUAAACAUUAAGUAUGCCCAGCAUCUGUUUCUAUGUGUUAAUGUAAAUGAGAGACAUCAAAUCUCAUCAGUUAAGUUAAUGGAUUGAAUAAACCAUGUCCAUUUUGGAGCUUUCACUGCUCCAAAAUUGCAAUCCUUAUCAUUCCUUCACUUUAAUGGCAGCCCUAGACUGAGAGCAUGAGGAGUGAGCCUCUUUCCGUUGGUUCCAUUUGCAGGGAAAUGUGUGGCAUGGGAUUUCACAGAGCUCAGGCAGCGUGACUUACUGCUGAUGCCAGACU